AUGAAGAAGUUUGGCUUUGGCAGCAAAAAGAACGAUGGUGGAGACGAUGAGAGCACCCGCUCAGCGCUCUUUGGUUCUAAAUCCAAGAACAAAUCGUCAGCAGCCUCAAAUCCAUACGCGCAGCCACCACCAUCUGGCGAUCCAUAUAGUCAAGGACGUGGUCCUGGUGCGGGUGGAUAUGGACUCCCCUCAGGGCCCAGGCAGUCUCAUCCGGGGAUGAACCCUCCCGGCCUUCCAGCAAACCCAGCACCGAGAAACCCCUACGAGAAUCUAGAUAAUAAAUACGGUCGAGCUAAUGGCGGUUAUGCACCUGGAGGUCCAGGAUAUCAAAGCGGAUAUGGGGGAGAUAGGUAUGGAAGGGAUGAUUCUGCUCCGGUAGCUAAAUCUAGAUAUGGUCCUGGUGGCUACGGAGGACUUGGGCGGGCCGAUCCCAACGAUUUCGCUUCCAUCGAUGAUAAUAGAGACGCUCUUCUAGGAGAUGCCCGAGAACGGAUGCAGGAACGGCGUUACAACCCCGCUCUUCAGGAUGUCCCACAGGAUGGGUUUAGCGGAGCGGCUGCUAAUGACGCUGACACUGCAUACGCCCCGACUUAUCAAGAGAGACAACUCACAGCAGAGGAGGAAGAGGAAGAAGAUAUACAAGCAAUGAAACAAGAAAUCCGGAUGGUAAAGCAACAAGAUGUCUCAUCUACCCGCAAUGCCCUCCGAGCAGCAUUAGAAGCAGAAGAGACAGGUCGAAACACACUGAUUCGUCUUGGAGCUCAAGGAGAACGAAUCCAUAAUGCAGAAAAGAAUCUAGAUCUAGCCUCAAACCAAAACAAAAUCGCGGACGAAAGAUCCCGUGAAUUAAAAAAGCUAAACAAAAGCAUGUUCUCCAUGCAUGUUUCCAAUCCAUUCACGGGUGAACAACGUCGACGUGCUCGUGAUGAAGCUAUCAUCGAGCGUCAUCAGGAAGAGCGUGCUCAGCGAGAGGCCACUCGACAGGCUGCGUUUAGAAGUGAACAGCGCAUGGACCAGACUUUUAAGGGUUUAGCGAAGAAGGCCAACAGUGCCCCCCAGAAAGAAACUCGACUUGCCGACCGCGCGAAAUACCAGUUUGAAGCUGAUAGUGAAGAUGAUGAGAUGGAAAAUGAAAUCGAGUCGAAUCUGACUGCCAUCGAAGGUGUUACUGGCAGGUUGAAUAUGCUUGCUCGGGCACAGGGCAAGGAAGUUGAGCAGCAGAAUGAACACUUGAACCGUAUCAUGGGGAAGAGCGAUUAUGUGGACGAUCAAAUCCAUAUUAACAGCGCCCGUCUGGGUCGUAUUCAUUAA